AUGUCAUCCGAGCCAGUCAGCCUCAGCUCGAUCAACCCCUCGCGGCAGGCACUCUCACUCAGCCCAUCCUGCUCGAACCAGCUCAUCAUCCUCUAUGCCUCCGGCUUGCUCGUUAACAUCGUCGAUCCGGUCUCGUGGCGCUUGCUCCAGUCGAUCCCUCUCCUCGACCAUCUGCCCCACCUCGCACACUCUCAGAACACGGUCGAUGCCCUCCAUCUUGCCCAAGAUAACCGCAGAUUGGCCGUCUGUUGCGGUCCAUUGACAGCGGUCUUCGAACGCCCAGGCACAAGUUCGACGUUCCCUUGUCCAUGGAAAUUACAUUCGACCUUCACCUGUCACAUCACGAGGAUCCUCUCCAUCAACCUCAAACCGUCCUGCUGUCUCGUCACCGGAAAGGACGGUCUGUCGUUGCACCAGCUCGAGGAUGAGAUCUCAGAUUCAGAUGAGCCGGCGCGGUGGAUCAAGAGAUGGGCACUCCGCGGCCAACCCUGCGACCAAUCCGUCUUCGAAGUUCUGGACGAUGGAACCUGUCUACUGGCAGCGAUCGUCAUCGGCUCGCCUAUCCUCCGGACCUACGAAUUCUCUAUCACCUCAUCCAAAGCCGCAUCUAAUCUCCACCAAUACUCUCCAAAGACGAUCACCCUAUCCCUUCCCAUCCAGUCGAUCCGAUUCUCAUACCGCAAAGGCCAGCCCUCUAACCACACAAAUGAGCUGCCUUUCCUCUCGGUAGAAGUCGUGGCCCCGGUCCUCGGAACGGCCCUCCAUUACUACAAUCUCAUCAAACGGCAACUUCCAGUCGCGGCACCAGGAAGAAAUCCUUCACAGCAAUCGCACGGACCCUACAAGCCUAGCGUCCAAUAUCUCCACCAUGGCAUGUGUGCCAUUUCUGUCCCAGCCAAUGCACCUCGGAUCUUAGCAGCCUUUCCCUUAGACAAUGACCUUUUCGGCCCUCAGAACGGGCAAAUCAUCGGCCACGACCCUCGAAUGAACCUGAUCAUCCUCUCUAACGGGGAAGUCAAUCUAGCCCGAUCAGCUAAAAACACGAACCUGCUCUCUCCAGCCCCACUUCUCCUUCCCAAGGACAUGCUCGAGUUGUUCAUGCGUCCAGGCACGAUGGUCCACAGCGUGAUGAGCGUGCAUAACAGCCCGGAGGAGCCGGGUCAUCUGAGCUGCUCAAUCGUUGCGCGUCCGUUGAAAACGACCGGCGAGAUCUUUAUCGCACAAAUUCCGCUUGGUGCUCUGCUAGAUCGGAAGGCUGUCUCGGGCUCCAAUCCCCGCCUUAUCUCGAUGAAGCGGCUUCCAUUCGGGUACACGCCGUUGUUUACUCGGACUAGCUUGCUUGCUAGUGGGCAAACUGCCUUUGCUGGUCUUUUAGUCGCGGGCAGUACGAAAGAUCAGGACACGAGGUACCUCUGCCUUUGUUACCCAGCCGGCAACAACUCUGCAAGCGCCUCCCGACUUCUCGCUUAUGCCUCUCAUAGCGGUCGAGAGGAUGCAGUGCCCCUCAGAAAAAAUGACCUGACAGGUGGAGUACAAGCUGCUGGAUGCUUCGACGACCAAGGCCGCUAUUGUACGACUGAUCGUGUCAAUCCAACGGCCGAAACCUCCCACAUCGGGCCCACGGGGCUUUUCGUCUCCCAUCUCAACGGCAAAAUGGACCUCUCUGUCCGCCCGUUGUCCUAUCGAAAGGUCGGCUUGAAAGGCUUCUUGGAAGGAGAGCUUCCGCAAGCACUUGUCAUGGAAUGCUCGAACUCGCAGCGAUCUGAGGGAAAUUCCGUCCUCUGUUUCAGCUCUUCGAAUCGGUUGCUCCUGUGGAAUAUUGCUGGAGACUUGCGGGUGUCUGGUGAUGACUCCCAGCCGUACACAAUGUGCCAUGAGGUCUCGUUUCCGGCUUCCUUUUUGCUCAGCGCGCUCACCCCAAGCUAUCAUUUACCGACAUCUACCGUCCUGGCGCUUGAUACAAAUGGCCAACUGGUUCGAGCACGCCUGCCCGAAACGCUUCGCGGCCCUCCCGCCGAUAGUUCCUUCGAGUUGGAAGUAACCGUGUCCCACCAGAUCGGUACCCAUGAAUCCCUCGGCUUGACCGAUGUCAAACGUCAAGUGACCUUGCUUGAGCCAAAUGGAUCAAGAUUUCUUGCGAUGUUGUGUGUGAUGAACGAGACUGAUAGUAGUCGGACGUACCGAAUCGUUGUUGUGGAUCUGAAACAACAGCCUUUCUCGCCGGGGAUCGUGGGUUUGGAUACGUUCGAGGUCGAGCGAGCCAGCAGUGGGAUAGAAAAUGAGGCCCAGCUGAAGUGGUCCGACUAUCAAAGCAGGCCCUACUCUUUCCAGAAAGACUGUUUUCUUGGCGUUUGUUGCGGCACUGAUUCUGUCAGAAUAUACACUCGGGCAAACGAUGGAUGGUGGACUCGAACAGCGACUGUCCACUCCGAACUGGGCUCCAUUUCUCAGAUCUCCUGGCUCGGCGUAUCCGACGAUUCAACUCGACUGCUCUAUCAAACCGCCGGGCACACGUUACUCGGGCCUCCCAUCAGGCCUCCUCAGCGGCGCACUGUACUGCCAUGGCAUCCGACCCUCCUAAAGAACCAACUUCUAUUCGGCAGUCUUUCAUUGUCAUUUGCGACUGUGGCUUGUCUUUCUUUGGCCUUGAAGGGUUGCUUGCAGCCGUUGACCUUGUUAUGCCAGAGGAUCAUCACUGUCGGCUUUGAUGAAGAUGAGAAAUUGAUCAUCAAGGAGUUGGACGACUUGGCGAAUGAUUCUGUUCUGCCCGGAAACUUGUCGCCUACCAUCCUUUCCCAGGCUCAUGUUGAUGUCCUUUCUUUGGCUGUCAACGGGCAUAGGAUCCCUCUAUUGGCCGAGAACGAGCAAGCCUCCGUCCUGCUUUUGGCCAAGGCAUUCUUGCAGGUGCAAACCGCCCGGAGUCACGGGAUCGACACAGAUGGUUGUCAAUACAUAUUUUCCCUCGUCAAUUAUUUGGAGAAUCCCGCUGGAUCUCGGGUUGAUUGGAUGCUUGGGUUUGGGCCGAGUCAAAACUGCGGGAUCCUGAGCGCCCAACUGUCCUCGACCCGGGGACUGAUUGGCCAAGAGACGAGCGCAAUCCUCAGCAAGUAUUCCGACAAUCCAGGGUUCAAGCUAGACUGGAAAUCAGCCCGAUCGGUGGGUCUGUUUAUGUGGCUUGGCCCGGUGGAGGAGGUCCAUUCGUAUCUCGAAAGGGUCGCCCAAGCCGAAUACGUCAGCGGUGGCAGCGGGAACGACCGGUCAUCUGAUAAAGCCCGGUCCUCUGACGGCCCCAGAGAGCAAGAUCCCGCAGCGUGUAGUAUCUUUUACAUGGCCCUGAGGAAGAAACGGCUCCUCAUGGGCCUGUGGAAAGUCGCAUACGGACACGCCGAUCGUCCCCUGAUGACCAAGUUCCUGGAGAAUGACUUUUCGGAAGCCCGCUGGAAGACGGCCGCGCAGAAAAACGCGUUCGCCCUCAUCAGUCGCCAGCGUUUCCGAUUUGCGGCAUCUUUCUUCCUCCUAGCCGACCGCCUCCAAGACGCGGUCAACGUCUGUGUCCGUCAGCUUUCCGACUGGCAGCUGGCCCUGGCGAUCGUCCGGGCCUACGAGGGCGACCGGGGCCCAGCUAUGGACAAGCUGCUCACCGAGACCGUGCUUCCGAUCGGCUUCUCGACCGGUAAUCGCUGGCUCGUCAGUUGGUCUUUCCGGAUGCUUGGACAGUCCGACCUGGCAUGUCGAGUCUUAGUCGCGGCCUGGGACGACCCCCUCGUUCGGAACCAUUGGACACCCUCCGUCUCGGGGAGAUAUGCGGUCCGGAUCGGCCCCUUGGAUCUCUCGCUGGUGGUGCUCUUCAACCGACUCAAGCGGGCCCUGCGGUCGCCCCUGACAUGGACGGACGAACGGGCGCUGAUCCUGCUAAGCUUGGAAGAGCUAGCCAACGCCGGAUGCACGAUGUUGGCUGUCAACUUGGCCAAGAAUUGGCCCCUCGACCCGCCGGAUAUCGGCCCCCCUCGUCACUCUUUCUCCGCCGAGCCUCCUCCCCCUCCAGAUCCACACUCGCUCCUCCAUCCCACACCCCCUCAAACCCACUCCGCCAAUCCUCCGCUCGAAAAUACUAUCGAGCCGGUCCUGCCUAUGCCUAAAAAAGUCUUGAGUCAACCAGUCGUGCCCGAAUUCGAACUAUCAAACUUCUUUUAA